AUGGCUAAUCCGGUGACGGGCGUCGUCGUUCUCAUCCGACAUGGUGACCGACAAGGCUUCUAUCAGUCUCCGUCCACGUACACCGCCUCGUUAACCAACCUAACCGUACUCGGGUAUCUCGAAGAGCUCAAUAGCGGCGCUCAGCUACGAUCCCGCUAUCUCAAUUCCAGUUCUUCCUCCCUCAUCCAAGGCGUCGAUACCACUCUGGCCGAGAACACUCAGAUUGAGGUACUGGCAGAUGCUGGUGGCGAAGGUGGUGUCAUCGUUGAAAGUGCCAAUGCCUUCAUGCAGGGUCUGUUCCCCGCCUUCGCCGAGAACAUCACCCUUGCCAACGGCACCACCGUGUCGUGGGACAACCGCGCACAGCUCAUCCCUGUGCAGACCAUCGAGCCAGAGCAGUCCUUCGUGAUGGAGCCAUGGACUAUGUGUGACAAGUUUGACGACUUCACCAACGGUUGGUACCAGAGCAGUGACUUCAAAGCCAAAAGCGCCGAGGCUCAGCCCUUCUACGACUCGAUCCCCUCCUCUGUCAUCGGCAACCGCAACAAGACGCUUGUCAACGCCUGGAACGUCUUUGACUAUCUCAACGUCGAAAAGAUUCACGACGCCGUGCUGGCUCCGCAGAUCACCGAUGAGAUGCUUUCCAAUGCCUUGACGUGGGCUGAGUAUCACGAGGCUGGUCUCUUUGGACAAGCAAGCCCUGAAUCCCUGGGCAGCAUCGCCGGUCGAGGGAUGCUCAAUCCGCUCACCGAAGCCAUCAACCGCGUGGCCAACUCUUCCGACCCGCUCAAGGUCUCGGUGCUCGCGGCGUCGUACAAGCCCUUCUUUUCGCUGUUCAGCCUCUUCCAGAUGCCCGAAUUGCAGGGCAAGCUGGUUGAUUACGCUUCAGCUAUGGUCUUUGAGGUACGCCAGGACAAGUCGAUGCAGAUCUUCUUCCGUAAUGGAUCGUAUGGCGAUCUGGCGCAGUACAAGAUCCUCGAUUCAGACUCGCUUCCUGUCCAGACCUUCUUCGACCACUACAACCCGAUCAAGCUCGAGACGGUGGCCGACUGGUGCAAUGCGUGUGGCGAGACGGAAGCACGAGGAUGUGCGGCACUCAACGCCCUCAAUGGUACCGGUAGCGGCAACAAGUAUGCCGAUGUCACUUCGACCACUGGCAAGCACCAGGUGUCGCCGGUGACAGCCGGUCUGAUCGGCGCCAUGGUCAGUCUUGCUCUGGCUGCUGUGAUCGCCGUCGCUCUUGGUUUCACCAUCAAGAAGCGCUCCAAGUCGAGAUAUCCCGGACUUCAGCCCUUGCGCGGAACAGGGUCCGCAAGCACCGUGAAUCACCGGGAUAAUAGUGUCGAGCUGCACUCCAACGCUGACUCACACCGCAAAGAAUCGUGGAGAGCAUGA